AUGGAUCCCGACGCGCGCGCGCGCGUGGACGCGAUCGCGACGCGCGGUCGCGUCGCCGUCGUCGGUGACGAUUCCGUCGUGUACAAGGAUGAGUGCGUGUUCUCCUUCGACGCCCCGCUGAGCGCGAACGGGGUGUACGUGAACUGCGAGACGCUGUUCGGAUACGGUCGACGGUACGUCGAGCUGGAUAGCGCGCGAACGGGGUGCGGGGCGUACGUCAGGGUGAAGACGACGCGCGCGCGGCGGGCGGAGGUAGAGGCGAGCGAGACGCCGACCACGCUCGGGUUCGGCGUCGACGGCGGCUUCGCGAGCGAGAGCGAUGCGUGGGAAGAGACGACGACGUAUAGUUUGGUGUUGGCGCCGGAUUUCGACGACGUGAGUCGGGAGCUUCCGUUGGAGGGGUUGCCGGAGGCGCUGAGCGCGGCGUGCGAACGCAUCGCGCGAAAGCGGGGAUUUCACGACACGGAGGAGACCAAGGCAUGGCAGGAGACUCGCGAGGUAUCGAGGUACGCGCUGGAGCUCGCGCAGGAGGAUAAUGGGAAGAAGAUUCCGAGCGAUCCAUCGAAGUGGCGAUGCGAGGAGACGGGUGAGAGCGGGAAUUUGUGGGUCAACCUCAGCGACGGGCACAUCGGAAGCGGUCGACGCCACUUCGACGGAUCCGGGGGGAACGGUAGCGCGCUCAGGCAUUACGAAGCGAUGAAAGCGCAGGGAAAACAUUACCCGUUGGUCGUGAAGCUCGGCACCAUCAGUGCGAAGGGUGCAGACGUGUACUCGUACUCCCCGGACGAAGACGACAUGGUGGAGGAUCCGUAUUUGGCUGAGCACUUGAGGCACUGGGGAAUUAACAUGGUAUCCAUGGAGAAGACCGAAAAGAGCAUGGCUGAAUUGCAAAUCGAGCUCAACAAGGGCUUUGAGUUCGAUAAGAUCACCGAAGCCGGGUCGAAGCUCGAAUCCGCGCACGGUCCUCGACUCGUUGGUUUGAAGAACAUGGGGAACACGUGCUACUUGAACUCGGUGAUACAAGCGCUCAAGCAAGUCCCCGCAGUGUGCGAUCGAUAUUUUGACAAAGAUGAGAUCUUCUCCACCGCGCCCGAGAAUCCCGUGACGGACUUCCCGACACAGAUGUCCAAACUCAUCAACGCUCUCGUCUCUGACGAGUAUGCGACUCCCGAGGCCGAGAACGCCGCCGUCGCUGUUUGUCCGAGAAUGUUCAAACAGCUCGUCGGUAAGGGCCAUCCCGAGUUUAGCACGGGUGGUCAACAAGAUGCGGUUGAGUACUUCCAACACUUACUCGAGACGAUGACGCGAGCUGAACGCGCGGCAGGUUCCAGACUAAGCGAAGGCCCGCCCACCGCGGCGCAGUUCACUUUUGAGCUCGAAGACAAGGUGACGUGCGUCGAGAGCGGAAACGUUCGGUACUCCGUUCGUAAGGACAACAUCUUAUCCCUCGAGGUACCCUUGGACAAGGCGACGAACAAAGAAUCUGUCGACGCGUUCAGAGAGCGAGAGCUCAAGAGGGCGAAGACAGAGUCGGAUGACGUCGAGGAAAUCGUGCGACCGGAAGUUCCGUUCUCUGCUUGUCUGGAAGCCUUCGGCGCCACGGAAACCAUCGAAGAUUUCUACAGUUCCGCGCUCAAGCGUAGGUCGAUAGCGUCGAAGACGACUCGCGUUAAGACUAUGCCGAACUUCCUCGCUGUGCAGCUCAGGCGUUACUUUGUGGGCGAAGACUGGACGCCAAAAAAGCUCGAUGUACUUGUGGACGUGCCGAAAACGAUCUCUCUCGAAAACUUGCGCGCAAUGGGGUUACAACCCGAUGAGAUCGUGCUUCCAGAAGACGAGACGGCUAACACUGCGGCUUCAUCGGCACCAGUUCGAGUCGAACCCGACGCGGCCAUCGUGAGCGCUCUCAUGGCCAUGGGAUUCAGCGAAAAUGGUAGCAAACGUGCCGCUUUGGCGACAAACAACGCUUCAACGGAGCUCUCAAUGGAAUGGGUGUUCGCUCACAUGGAGGAUGUCGACUUCAACGAUCCGCUUCCAGAUCAGAGCGCCGCUUCAGAGCCAGCGAUGGCGGCGUCGGAUCCAGAGUCUGUGACCAUGCUCACGUCAAUGGGUUUCGAUGAAACCGCGGCAAACGCCGCACUCAAGGCGUGUUCUGGGAACUUAGAACGAGCGGCGGACUGGCUUUUCUCGCACGCGGACGAUCUUCCAUCUGCGAUCGCAGAGGUGAACGGUGCGUCGACGUCCGCUGACGCAUCGGAGGGAGCGGGUAGCGUGUCCUUUGACGGUCCGGGCGAGUACGAGCUCUUCGGCAUCGUCAGUCACAUGGGUGGAAACACUAAUUGCGGUCACUACGUCGCACACGUAGAGAUAGACGGAAAGUGGUACAUCUUCAACGAUCGAAAGGUAGCGCUGUCGCUGAAACCGCCGACGGAUCUUGGGUACUUGUACUUUUUCAGGCGACGUUGA